AAAUGAAACACGACAAUGGCAACAACCUCCAAAACGAUGAAACCUGCCGUGUCCUACGUUAUGGUCCACAAUAUACCGAAAACCUAUCGGGCGUCGGAUCUGCGCAACUUCUUUUCUCAGAUCGUUGAAACUGGCGGAUUUCGUUGUUUUCAUUACAGGCAUCGACCUGAGGUACAGAAGCCUGCAGAAGAUAACACUAUCAAAGAAGCCUCAGGUUCAGCGCAUAGCACGAAAUUCAAAAGUGGGGAAACAUGCUGCGCCGUGGUUAUGGUCAGAACUGAAAGGCUGGACGAAUUAAAAAUGUCUUACAACAAAGCCUUUUGGGUUACCCGCGAAGGCGAGACUUUAACAAGCAGAUGUUACCUGAGAAAGGUCGUGAUUGCCAAUGAUGAUACGUCGAAAUCAUCCAGCUUGUACCUGCCUCCAGUAGAAGAGCGAGAACGGCGUCCUAAGGCUGUUUUAACGCUAUCGGAUUUACGGCAGAUGAUUGAAUUACGGCCACCAGCUGCACUACCUGCUGGAAAUGUAGGUACGCCUACCAACUAUAUUCUUCGACAGAUUAACGCAUGCAGCUUCCCUGCGUCACUGAUCGGUAAGCUGGGAAUUGAAUUCCCUCGGAUGCGAGCUCGAGGUAUGUACGGAAGCGUACCGCUUGAUUACAGUACCAAGUUGACUGAUUGUCGAUUGGAGAAGGCAGGGAAAACCGACAACGACCCUAACGAAGAUCAAACAGGAUUGGCGUUCAUCGUAUCAGAACAGGAAGAACAAGCCAAAAACAUUCAAAACAAUAUAGAUCAAUCUGAUAAUUCAUUUAAGAAGUCAGCCUUCGUUGCACGACCCUUUAAAUGUCUAGGAGGUACUCGGAUUAUUCGACCUAAAUGUCCACCCCCUGAUUUAAGUAGUAUUCCGUCAGCAGAAGAAGUGCCUACAUUUAUUCGAACAGGCAAAGGCUAUGUUAUUAGUAGAUCAGCUUUGACGGCAAAACGAUCACCACCUGACCCUGGAGAAAAGUUUACAUUGCGAAGCGGAUCUAAAAAGCAAUCAAACAGUUUAAGGACAAAUUAUAAGGAGGACGAAAGAGCCAUUGAUGAUGAUAAUGAGUCUACGACUGACAGCGAUGAUGGUGAAGAAUGGGAUCGUUACGAGUCUCUUCAUAACGAUGUCACCAGCCAGGAACGAACAAAGGCACGCUUAUUCGAAGAGGAACAGGAAGUAGUUUGGGAAAAAGGAGGGUCAGGAUUGGUGUUCUACACUGACGCACAAGUUUGGGACGAGGCCGAAGGUGAUUUUGAUGCAAAGACAAGCGAUGAUUGGGAUAUCGACAUGAGUGCUUACUACAUAAAUGGUGCCGGCGAUAAGGAUGCAAAGGAUUUUAUUUCGAUGCAACACUUUAAGAGAUUACGAGAGGGAAAAGCCGAUGACGAUGAUAACAGAGUGGGCUACUUCGAGAAGUUCACCCGCGGCUUCGGACGUCGAAUGCUCGAACGUCAAGGCUGGUCAGAUGGCCGUGGGGUAGGCAAAAGCAAAGAAGGACCAUCAGAGCCGAUUGAAAGCGAAGGUCAACAUCCAAGAGACCGAUCUGGCCUUGGUUACCGAGGCGAAAAGCUCGAUAGACGUCUGAGCGUCCGGCGCAACAAACGAGAGCGACAAGAGGACUUCUUCAGUUCUAUUUACGACGAAUACUUCGCAGCUGGCGAAGAUCCGGGGAGACACGACAGGCACGCCCGGUCCCAGGAACCAACGCUAUUGAAGUAUCGCAAAGUUUUUGUGAAAACUUCUGCCGUGACGCCAGAAGCAACAAAUUAAAACAGUGAAAUAUACAACCGACAUAAGAGGUCGUAAUUGACUCGAAGGCUUAGACAGAGGAACGACUCUAAGUGGAAGUCGUUCAAUGACUGGCUGUGCUGAAAUAUAUGAGCACAGGUUUCUCAAUUUUGGUUGUAAUGACCAAAAUGUAUUGCGAUAUAUUAAGGUGUUAUUAUUAUUAAGAACAUAUGCGAAUCAAUAAAGGUCACCAUGUAUGAACAAA